AUGUUCGCCAUAGAAGAAAUAAACAGAAGAUCUGACCUCUUACCUAAUAUCACACUGGGAUAUAAAAUCUGUGACUCCUGUGUGUUAGAACAUAAAGCUGUACAGAGUGUACUGAGUAUACUGUCAGGACGAGAAGAAGCCGUCCCUAACUACAGCUGUGAUGAGAAGAACAACGUGGUGGCUUUUAUUGGACACUUGACAUCCUCCUCCAGUCUGUCCAUAGCAGAAAUAACUGGGAUCUAUGGGUAUCCUCAGAUCAGCUAUGGAGCGAUGGAUCCUGUAUUCAACAACAAGCUCCUGUUCCCUUAUUUCUCUCGCACAGUCCCUGAUGGGUCCACUCAGUAUGAAGCCAUUGUCCUCCUACUGGAGCAUUUUGGCUGGAGCUGGGUGGGGAUGGUGACAGCAGAUGAUGAUAGCAGUCAACAAGCCAGCAUGGAGAUCUUCAAUGUAAUAACACGGAGCGGGGUCUGCAUAGCUUAUAGAGAAUUUGUCAGUGAUUAUGCUUUUUUCAAACGAUCUAUGGCCUCCAGGAAGGUGCUUUAUAAAAUACAAAAGACUCACUGCAAUGUGAUUAUAUUUAUUGGUUACACAUAUGGCUUACAGUCAUUGAACUUAAUAUUGUCUGAUGACCUCAGUCCUAGGAAAGUUGUCAUCAUACUGUCACUUGCUUUUCCUGAAGAAAUACUCACAUUCACAACAUUACAAGGAUCUUUCUGGCUCAUGCUUCAAAAAGGAAGAAUUCCAGGAUUAAAAGAAUAUUUACUCACAGCCGGUCCUCUAAAAUAUCCUGACAUUGACCUGAUGUUUGAAGUAUGGGAAGAUUAUCUUUAUUGCAGCCUUGGACCAUAUCAUUUAUACAGACCAUGUAAUGAAAGAGAUGUUCUAGGUAAUGUGGAUCGCUCCCGGUAUGAUGUAGACAAUUUCCGUUACACAUUCAGUGUGUACUCUGCAGUGUAUAUUGUGGCUUAUGCCUUACAUCAAAUUCUUGGUACAGAACAUAAGAAUAUCCCUGAAUUCUGUAAUAGACCUAUUAUGUCAUACAAGAGAGCCAGUAAUCUUAAAGACAAACUAGUGAAAAAUGACAUUGGCUCACAAAAAGGUGUAUACCAGUCAUUUUUAGCCCCUAAAAAGUGUGGCAGUUAUCCGUGCCUUCACUGUGUGAACUACCUACAAGGAGAAAUUCAAAUGGAGGAGAAGCUGCUACUGGAGGAUGAGUUGGAGGUGGAGGGUGAUGAUGAUGAUGGCGACAUCUGCCACAACACCCAAUCGACUCAGUGUGGGACAGAGCCCAAACAACUAGCUCCUCAGACACAUUGGCUAGAAUGGAGAGCUGCGCUUGCCUUUGGAAAGAUCAUUUACUGUUAUUUAUUGCCUCCAUAUCCGAAGGAAACGGCUAAAAGUAAAUUGGCUCCUCAAAUGGAUCAGAUGAAAAUAUUCCAGUAUGAAAUCAUGGCUCCCAGUCUCAAUCAAUAUAUAAGAAGAGUUCAUUUUACCACUUCUGGUGGAGAUUCCAUUCACCUUGAUGAGAAAGGAAAUUUUCCAGCAAGAUUUGAUCUGGUGAAUUACAAUGUGCACGCUAACAGUACUGUGGGGACACAAACGGUGGGACAUCUCCAUGAAGACAAUGGUCGUCUACAGUUUUCUAUAAAUGACAGUUCUAUAGUAUGGGAUCCACGAUUUUUUACGACACCACAAUCCACCUGUAGUGAGAGCUGUCUCCCCGGAUACAGGAAAGUCCCACUGGAAGGAAAACAGAAAUGCUGCUACUACUGUGUCCCCUGUGCAGAAGGCGAGAUCUCCAACCAGACUGAUAUGGAGAGAUGCUCGGAGUGUCCUGAAGACCAGUGGUCUAAUGAGAGAAGAGACGCCUGUAUCCCGCGACCACUUGACUUCCUGUCAUAUGAAGAUACCUUGGGAUUAUCUCUCAUUAUUAUCAAUCUCUUCUUCUGUUCUGUGACGGUUGUUGUGUUGGGGAUAUUUAUAAAGCACAAGAACACGUCAAUUGUGAAAGCCAAUAACCAGAACCUGAGCUACAUCCUGCUCCUGUCUCUGCUCUUCUCAUUUCUAUGUCCUCUCUUAUUCAUUGGACGUCCCACAAGGAUGUCAUGUCUACUACGACAGGUUACUUUUGGGAUUAUUUUUAGUCUUGCAGUUUCUUCCAUUUUAGCUAAAACAGUCACUGUAGUCCUGGCUUUUCGUGCCAUCCAACCAGGCAGGACACUGAGGCAGUGGCUGGGGAGACAUCUGUCCACAUUAUUACUUAUUACUGGUACAAUAGGAGAGGUUGUGAUCUGUGUCUUCUGGUUGUCUUUCUCUCCACCAUUCCCAGAUUAUAACACUGAGAUAGAGGUUGGAAAAAUAAUCUUACAAUGUAAUGAGGGAUCUGCCAAUGCUUUCUACUUGUCCAUUGGCUACAUUGGAUUCCUGUCCAUGUUGAGCUUUAUUGUAGCCUUCUUGGCCAGGAAACUUCCAGAUGUCUUCAAUGAGGCUCAAUACAUCACCUUCAGCAUGCUGGUCUUCUGCAGUGUGUGGAUCUCCUUCAUCCCGGCCUACCUCAGCACCAAGGGGAAAUACAUGGUGGCUGUGGAGAUCUUCUCUAUCUCAUCUUCCAGUGCUGGACUUCUGGGCUGUAUCUUCAUUCCCAAAUGUUACAUUAUUUUAUUGAGACCAGAAAUGAACAUAAAGUCCAAUCUAAUCUUUAUACAACAAUAA